GGCGGUUGACCACCUCCUCAAAAUCUGCCACACUCUUACUGGGCUCACUCUUACUCGCAGAAUCCCGCUACAACUCGUAUCGCAUGUACCAGGCCUUGGUUCUUCUGAGCGUGGCGGGAGGCGGGACGGACGCGGCUGUUUUGGGACAGGACACUGGUCAUCGCCAAGUGCCUUCGCCGGUGCCGCACGAUUCCGUGGCGGAGGACGAGCCAUUCAUGCCACCAGAUGUGGAGGUAGUGACAGGCCCAGCCCUUGGUUCAAACUGGAGGAACUGCGAGAUCCAGGACAUAGACCUCCUCGAUUUCAGACAACAAUUUUGGAUUCAGCACCCUCGGAGGGUGUGCAGCCCUGCCUUGUUACAUGGUCGGCGACAACCCAACCACCACAACCUGAGUACAUCGCUGUCGACUCGACGAUCCUCUCUCUUAGCGCAUGGCGGACACGCACGAUAGGUCGGGCGAUCUGAAGUGAUCCGGAUCUGCACGCUGUGCAUGCACUUGUACGCUACCUCGCAACGUCCGUACUCCGUUCGCGAGGGCGCCCAAGGCAUCUCAAGCGCAUCUCAAGGUGCACCGCGUGGAGCGUGUAAGGAUUGGCAACCAACUCGUGCAUGAUCACACGUCGGCCGUUGGACGUCUCUCCAUCACUCCGCUCUCUACCCUCACCUCUGCAUGCCCGUCCCCAGCGAAUGUGCCGAACGCUCGCGCCC